CCGAUAGUGGGACGAGUUGUCUCCCAUCAAUACCAGAAAUGAAAGUAGAAUAUUCCAAUCCCAAAUAACGAGCCUCAAAUAACAGUGAUCAGACGUUUGUGCUGGAUUUUGCAGUAUGUGGAAAGUAAUCCGUUUCGUUGUGCAGGUCUUAUGUUUAGCGCUUUCAGCAAAAGGUGCAUCUUAUCAUAACCAAGAACCAGUGAGUCUUUGUGCAGGUAAAGAGGUUACAACCAAAUUUGUAUAUGGUGAUCCUGCAGUGAAAUUUAUCAACUUGACAGUAAUAAAUUGGACAGUUAGAAAGACCAAACAAGAUACGGCAGAAAUAUUCUGCUACUAUAAUAAAAAUAAUGGAUUCAAGAUCCGUGCUCCUCAAGGAGACAGGUUCAAAGACAGACUAACAUGGGUUAACAAUACACUAAAUCUGAAGUUUAGUAAUCUAACAGCAGGUGAUACAGGCUUUUAUGAUGUUUCCAUAACUAUUUUUGGAGCAGGGAAGGAAGAAACUAAAGAUACAAAUGCAACUUUCCAGCUGACUGUUAAUGAUCCAUGCUUAAUUGACGAAGAGAAAAAUGAAAAAGGCUGCUCAAUGUUGGUUUGUUCAUCAAUGGAGGACAACCAAGUGUAUUCAUGGACUGGUCAAGAUGCUGAAGGAAAGACAGACAGAGAAGUUACAGUUUGUCCAAAGGAGGAAACAAACUAUACAUGUUGUGUUGAUGCCAUGAAGACCAAAUGUUCAUCAUUCACAGCACAAGCAGCAGGAGAGAUUCAAACUACUGAGGUCACUAAUAUGGAUAACAAAAGAGAGUUUCAAACUACUGAAGUCAAUAAUCCAACAAUGGAUAACAAAAAUCAAUCUAUGGAAAACAAAACUAAAGCUAAAGACAAUGGUGAGAAUGAUGGAGGUCUAUCUACUGGAGCUAUUAUUGGAAUUGUAAUUGGUAUUCUUGGUGUUAUUGGGAUAAUAAUAGCAGUUAUCUACAUAAGGACAAGAAAUGGUGAUGGGUACUCUGCACCACGAUCAAUUUAAAAAUGUAAAAAGAAGAGAACAAGUUUUUUGAAGAUACCUUUACAAGAGGCAGUCAUACUUCUAGUUCCAUCUAUGGUGUAUUUAGAAAUAAAAAUGAUAUAAGUUCACAAUGAAACAAAGAAGCUGAGAUAUAAUGUAAAAUCAAAAUGACCUAUGUGUUUAAUACAUGUAUAUGAUAGAUAUAUUGAAAGACACAAUUUAAAAAAAAUAUCUGAUCAGAAAAAAUGAAUGGACAUUGACUGCACUCAAAACAAAGACAAUUUUAUAUUUAUUCAUUGUUAUUAUAAGCAAGCUUUUUUAAUAUUACUAUCAACAUUUGAAAGAAUUGAACAGAUUGUUUAAUUUGUUUCUAACACAUUACAGGUGUAACAGCAUAUUUUGAAUAUUCUACAUUCUCAUCUGAACAUUGAUUUUUGUUUGUCUCAACUUUACAAUAAAUGCACAUUUAUAAAUUGCAUAAAAUAUCAGUUAUAUUAUCUAUAUGAGCUAUUGUUAGUCAUUUGAACUAGAUAAUUGUUAUCAUUACAAUGGUUGCAAUGAAAUACAUUGAUUUGCCAGUGAAAUAAAAACUGAUAAUUUCACAUGUGAAAUAAACAUGGUUAUUUCACUCCUCUGAUGUCAUACAACAAUAGACAUUGUCAAGACAUUGAUGACAUCCGAUCAAAACAAAUUGUGAAUGCGUAGAAAAUGAUAAAAUUCCUUACAUUUUCUACAUUUCUUUCACAAAAAAGACCAUUUGCCAAUGUAAUAAAGAUAAUAUUAAACUUGUGACUCAACAUCACUGAUAAUUAACUCAUGAAUUAAUGACGGUCACCCUUUAAUUUUUUUCUCUAUUUGAAUUCUUUGAUUAGUUAUUCUAUAAGGGAUAAUCAAGAAAAAAUUUGGAAUAUGUUUCAUAUCAGUGUCCUCUUAUGAGCAUUUUUAAAUCAAUUUUUGGAAAAAAGGAGUAGGUCCAUUAAGACCCCUUUUCAGCCCCAAAAUAAAGCAGUUUUACAAAAUUGUUUAAAUGUAAACUGUGAGUUAUUUAUUGGAAAGCAGAAUGCUUAUGCUACACAAAUAUGGGCUAUAAAUACAAUGCACAUAUAUCGGGUACAAGCAUCAUAAAGUCAUGCUAAAAUUACUGAAAUCUUCACACUUUUAGCAUUUUAGUUAAAUUUUAGACGGUUUCUGUCUUAAAUGAAAGUGGCCCCAUUUGUGUUCAUUCCUAACAUUGAAAUGUAAGUUGUAUUUGAUGAUAAUACAUAAAAUAUAUAAAGGUUGAGAAUGAACAUGGAUGUGGCCACUUUUUUGACAAAAACCAUCUGAAAAGUGACAUAUUUUGACAAACUUCAUAGUUUUUUCAUGUUUAAACUUGAAUCGGUGUGUUUUUGGUGACUAAAUCAGUUAAAAUCUUUUACAGAAACUAGUUGAUUUAACUGAAAUAGACACUUAAAUGUUUAAAAAGUGUACAAAAUCUUUCAUCAGAUGAACCUGAAAUUUGAGGCCAAAAUCAUUCCUUACCGGACCUACUCCUUUAUUAUGUUAUUUGGCACUAUGUAUAUAUUGUUUUAUAAUUAAGUGCAGCCUGAUAUAACACAAUGAUGCAAGUGACACAAUAAUACAAGUGAAACAUAUUUUAUGUCAGCUAGCCUUCAUAGGCUUAUGAUGCACUGUUCUUCUAAAAUUCCAAUAGUUAUCUGUAUGCCUGGAUUCUAUUUGCAAUUUCUUUGGACACUGAGACUAUUUACAAUUAUUUUUUUUGGUCAGACUAUUAUUAUGUAAGGUAAUUGUUCUUCAAAAUCUAUUUGGUUUUAAAAAUGUAAAUAGGGUAUUAUUUUUCCCUGGAAAGACUUCAAAGUUUGAAGUUGAUUAUACUUGCUUUAGUUUGUCUUGCAUAGGGAGAGUUAUUUUGUAAAUUAUUUUAACCAAGUUAUCAAUUUAAUUAAACAGCAAAUUUCUUUCUAAAACAUAAAACUGUUUAAAUUUCAAAUGUUCAUAUUUUUUUAUUUUUUUUUUAUAUAGAAUAGUUAUAUAAAUAAUGUUUUUAUAAAUGUGUGUGUGUGUGUGUUUUUGUGUGGGAUUUAAAGAUUUCUGUUAUUUAUUUUUGAAAGAGCAUAAUAUAUUGUACAAUGUUGUAAAAUAAAUUAGUGUAGAUUGUGAAAAGUUAGUGUAGAUUAUGACUACCGACCGGGUAAUGUGACUUUAUACUUACUGACAGGGUUUUCUUUUUAACUGUGACACUAUUAUUUUGAUAUUCAAGAAUACAAUGUUUUAAUGGGUAGAUAUUAUUUAUGUGCAUCAUGAACAAACAUUGUUGAUACUAUAUUACUAGCCACAUGCACACAAAUGCAACUGUUUAACAAUACAUUGGUGCUGCAUUCACAGAAAUAAGUUUGAAAUGUCCCAAAUAACAUACACAAAAUGUAUUGGUCUUUAUCUCAAAAUCCAUGUCUAUUGGGUUUUUUUACAAGGGGCAAAAAAUUGCAUUUUUUCUCCCCUGUUAAAGAAGAAGACAUAUUGUAUAAGUAUGAUUUUUCUUCCUCUUGUAUCACAGCCAAAUAGCCUUUCCUGUACUGAUGUGCAAUAAAGCAAACAAUCAAUUUAUCUUCCUCUGGUUAUUUUUGUUCACUUACAAAAUUGUCUAGAUCAUAAUUUAUUUCAUGUUUUGACCAACAUUUGUACUUAUAAGAAACUAAAACAAUAUUUAUUCAAAAGAGGGAUGAAAUAUACCAAAGGAACAUUCAAACUCACAUGUUGAAAA